CUUCUUUUCCUUUGUUUUUUUUCCCUAUCCGAUCGAUCGAUCCAUCGGUCGGUCGAGCGCCGAAAAGAGCUUUUCCUCCAGCGUUCCGCCUCACCUCACCGCGGCAUCUCCCCCCUCUAAAAGCACCGGACGCCGACGCCACGUACCGGAGCACCCACCAGACUCCUCCUCCUCCGCAGCUCAGCUCUCUCCCCCCUCGCUUACGAGCGCAGCAGCGCCGGCCGGACGGACGGAGGCGAUCGGCGAUGAAGAAGUGCACGUCAGAGCUGGAGCUGGAGGCCUUCAUCGGCGGGCGGGGGCUCUUCUCCGAGCAGAAGCCCGGCGGCGGCGCCGCCGCGGGCGCCAACGGGCCCUACGGCCUCUUCUCCGCCGCCGACCUCUCCUGCGCCUUCGGCCUCGCCGACUCGACCCUCAAUGGAACCAUUCAGAAUCACCUGUGGCCUCAGUCCCCGAACCUCGGCGCGCGGCAUCCCGCGGUCUCCACGACAAUCGAGUCGCAGUCGUCAAUCUAUGCGGCGAGUCCCACGUCAGCGACCAAUCUGAGCAUCAAAGAGAGCCAAGCUUUCGGAGGCACGAGCGGUUCGGACUCUGACAGCGAGUCGAUGUUCGACGACGGUGGCUUGUGCGACAACGGCACGAACCCAACAACGGACGUGAAAAGGAUGAGACGGAUGGUGUCCAACCGGGAGUCGGCGCGGCGGUCAAGGAAGAGGAAGCAAGCCCACUUGGUUGAGCUGGAGACGCAGGUUGAUCAGCUCCGGGGCGACAACGCGUCCAUCUUCAAGCAGCUGACGGACGCGAACCAGCAGUUCACGACGGCGGUGACGGACAACCGGAUCCUCAAGUCGGACGUGGAGGCUCUGCGGGUGAAGGUGAAGCUGGCGGAGGACAUGGUGGCGCGCGGCGCGCUGUCGUGCGGGCUGGGCCACCUGGGGCUGUCCCCGGCGGCGCUGAACCCGUGCCGCGUCCCGGACGUGCUGGCCGGGCUGGACUUCCUCCCCGGCGGCGCCGCCGACGACGCGUGCUUCGGGAGCCUGUCCCCGGCCGAGCAGGUGCAGAGCUCGCCGAUGCAGAGCAUGGCCAGCCUGGAGAGCCUGGAGCACAGCAGCCGGAUGCAGCACGGGGACGCCCUCGACGUCUGGGGCUGGGACUCCAGCUCCAACGGCGCCAUGUCCAAGUGAAAGCCGCGAUCCAGACACCGCAUUCACGCACGCACGCACUAUCCAUGCACGUUCCUCCGUAUCAAAGUGUUUGAGCUGAUGAAAACUCUUGAUGGACUUGAGUUUUUCAGAGUCCUCUCGUGUCGCGUCAGUCGGUAAUAACUCUGUGUCUUCGCCGUGCUUAGUACUACUAUGUAAUGGAACUUUCUACCCGGAGUUAUGUUUAUGAUGCCAAGACCAUGUCAGUUCACUGGGAUUUGUCAGUCAGUGGUAAUUAAGCUUCAUUUACAUA